CAAUAGGACACCAUUUGGACCGACCAGUGUCAUUUCCCCCAUCAUUUUUCCUUUGGACGACACAUUGCUGGAAGCAUGGACAUCACCAUAGUCAGCUUUAAUGUUCGCUUUGGUUCUGCAAAUGAUGGCCCCAAUAGCUGGGAAUUUCGCCGCAGCCUGGCUUACAAGACAAUCGAUAUGCUUGAUCCAGACAUACUCUGUUUACAGGAAGCCGAGUUGUGGCAAAUUCGAGAAACCUUGGAUGGCGUAUCGAAAAAGAGCUACGAGUUAGUUGGGGUGGGGCGGGAGGAUGGCCGAGAGGCAGGCGAGUUCAGCUGCAUUCUAUACGAUCGUGCAAAGUUUCAGCUUAUUCGGAGCGGUACCUUCUGGUUGAGCGAGACCCCUGAUCAUCCUGGCCCAAAAGGAUGGGGGGCGAGCUGUCAGCGUAUUUGCACCUUUGCUGAAUUGGAAAGGUCAGGCAAGCGGAUGGCUGUUUUCAAUACCCAUCUUGACAAUAUAAGCCGCAUGGCUCGCGCCAAGGGCAUUGCUCUUGUCCUUGACCGCGUGAAGGGCUUUGGUGUUCCAGAUGUGUUUGUCACGGGGGAUUUCAACAAUUUUGAGGAGGACGCUGACGAAGUGGUGCAAAUGCGCCGUGCAGGCUUUAUGGACACAUAUGAAUUGUUACAUCCUAAUAUCUGGGGUAAGGAUAGGGCCACUUUUCACGAUUUUACGGGCUCUGCGAUCCCACCAAAGAUAGAUUUCAUCUGGAUGAGAUCCCCAGAGAAUAGGCUAAAAGUGGUUGAUGCAGAUAUUGUUAGGCAUCAUGGCGAAAAUGGGAGGUACCCUUCCGAUCAUUUUCCUGUAAUGGCCAAAAUAACUGGUUGAAAUGAUCCUAAUUCUUGUGCA